AUGGAAGGCGUGGCGCUACUGCCUGCUUUGUGUCACGAUCUGAUGAUCAUCUCCAUCGGUCUGCAGUUAUCCAUCAUCGCGCUGCUGCUGCUCUACAACCUCUUCCGGGCCUGCUCUCACUGGCGUGCCAAGGCGGCAUUUUCAUCCACCUUGGUGCCCACGCUGGAGCAGUUGGUGGCUCUGCCACCACCUGGCCCCGUGCUGAUGUGGGCUGUGCGGUGGGAUCUGGAUAUCCGGGCCCUGGUCGAUGACUUGAAGAACGAAGGCCCGGAGGCGGUCGAGAAGUACCUCCAGAACGAGGCCUUCAUGCUGAAGCUGAGGAAAAUCGUGCGGAACGUGGUCUCCCAGAGCGAGAUGAUCCGCAUCACCCAGGAGGUGAGGAUGCGCCGCGAACUGCAGCGCUUCCAGACCGACUUCCAGAAGUCCAGCGCGGAGGAGGACGAAGACGCCCGGGCCUGGGCCGCGAUGAUGCGGGAGAUGACGGGGGCGCCAGAGCAGCAGCAGGCAGAGCUCCAGGACGUGGACGCCGCCGCCGCGCCUUCGGCAGCGCCGGCAGCCGCCUUCGAGGGCGACGACGCGGCGGCCCUGGAGGCCAUGAUGGCGGUGAUGAACCGCAAGCCCUUUGACGAGGCCCCAGCGCCGGCGGCGCCGUUCGUGGCGCCGGCAGCGGCGGCCCUGGACGACGACGACGCGGCGGCCCUGGAGGCGAUGAUGGCGGUGAUGAACCGCAAGCCCUUCGACCCCCCCGAGGCCCCAGCCCCGGCGCCGGCGGCGCCGGCGCCGGCCGCCUUUGAGGGCGACGACGCGGCGGCCUGGGAAGCCAUGAUGGCGGUGAUGAACCGCAAGCCCAACGAGGCGGCGCCUGCGCCAGCUGCUACCGCCUUCGAGGGCGACGACGCGGCGGCCCUGGCGGCCAUGAUGGCGAGCGAACCCGAGGCAGCGUCUUCUCCGGCGUACGCGCCAGAAGCGGCUGCCUUGGAUGACGACGCGGCCCUGGAGGCAAUGAUGGCGGUGAUGAACCGCAAACCCUUUGAGGCUGAUGGAGUGCCACAGGUCAGCACCGAGCUGACAGAGAAGAAGCCAGAGCUUUUGGCGGACAGCGACUGCUCCACCGACGCCCAGCUGGCCGGGAGUAAAAUGAAGCUGACCUGA